AUGGACACCGCUCAGCAUCCAAAGCGCAGAAUAGUGGUGAUAGGAGCUGGAAUCAUCGGACUUACCUGUGCCCUGAGAAUACAGUCAAAGUUGGCCGAAGAGCAUCUUGAGCACCGGUAUCUUGUCAUGAUGGUGUCCCGGGACUUCCCGACCUGCACACCAGGAGCUCCCGCUUCACACGCAGUGGACUAUGCAUCCGUUUGGGCGGGAGCUCAUGUCCGACCAAUCCCUGCGUCAACACCUCAACUCGCUCGUGAAGCAACCUGGCUGGAACAAACUGUCCAGCAUCUAAGGGGCCAAGCAGAGCGAGAGCCGUGGAUCGGUAUCACGCCUGUUACUGGCGUAGAGUAUCUCGAGGCUCCGGAUGAAGCGUAUCAGACGUGGAUUGGUGGCUCCUUUGAGGCUGAGACGGGUUUGGCUGGAUUUCGUGAGCUGCCGGCAUCCGCUCUCCCUCCGGGCGUGGUCCUGGGCUUCGAGUAUCAAACUUUCUGCCUCAACGCCCCGGUUUACUGCACCGGGCUAUUGAGAAAGUUUCUUCUCCAAGGAGGUCGCCCCUUGAAAAGAAACUUGGCCAGUGAAUGGGAGGGGUUCUCGGUGACUCCGGAUGUCGCUGCCGUGAUCAAUGCCAGCGGCGUGGGCUUUGGGGACCCCAAAUGUUUCCCGACGCGAGGUACGCAGUUUUACCCAGAAUCCUGGGGACCUUUCCAUAAGUCUGCCUACCUGAUUCAAUUCUGUACUGACUCUGAAUCGACAGGCCAAAUUGUUCUCACAAACCUCGCAGGCUUUUCUAAGACCAUCACUCGACAAUGCAAGGAUGGAAGUUGGAGCUUUGUCAUUCCGCGGUUCUUUGACGGUGGCACCAUCAUUGGAGGUACAAAAGAGCCAAAUAACUGGGAGACGGAACCGCAUCUCAAGACAAGGGAGGAGUUGAUGGAAGCCGCCAAGGGCCUUGAUCCUGGUCUUGCCGCCUCACUGGAGGGUUACAAGGGGGAUAAAAGUCCCCAUGUUAUAGCAGAUGUGGUGGGACGUCGACCGACCCGAGAUGGAGGUAUGCGUCUUCAGGUUGAGAGAAACUCGUCUUUGGGCGAGGAAGUUCGAGUCGUUGUGCAUGCGUAUGGGGCUGGAGGGAGGGGUUAUGAACUAUCGUGGGGUGUCGCGCAAGAAGUGACAAGUCUGGUCAUGGAGGAAUUGAACAGGUCCAACGGAGCCAAGAUCAGGCCGUUUAAGCUGUAG